AUGAGUAUUCCAAAUCCGUUUUGCAUCCUUAUCAUACUGUUCUUAUUUAAAACUGGAGAAGGCUCUGCAUUGCUUAUGCACGGAAAUUCUAAUAGUAGCGAUGUAAUCCAAGCGAUAGCUGGAAACACUGUUGGUACAACAGAAAUCAAGCAAAUGGUUCUGAACUUGACCGCUGAAGUGGAAAAUCUGAAGAGGCAAACUGAAACAUUUGGUGAAGAAAAAAAGUUGCUUCAAAACAGAAUAUUCUUUUUGGAAGCGGAACUAAAUAAACUAAAUAUGUCUAUGUCUCCUUCCAACGAUGAAUUAAUGUCGUAUCUGAGAGGAACUAGGCAACUAGUUCAAACUUUGGCGGCAAAUGAAGAAUACGACAAAAAUCUAACGCUCCGACUGAAUGAAGCAGAGAAGAACAUGGCGAUAUGUAUCAGACAGAAUAAAAACUUGACCCAAAGAUUUGAUGAUUUAGUGGAUAAUUUGUUGAUAAAUGAUAAUCAUAACAAAAACUUAACUCAACAACUUCAUGAAGUUGAAAAUAAUUUGGCUGCGAAUGAAAUUAAUGAAAAAAAAUUAUCUCGACGACUCGAUGAUGUAGUGAAUGCACUGGUGAUUAAUGAUGAGCAAAACAAAAACGUUACUGAAAGACUUAUUGAAAUAAUGAAUAAACUGAUAAUAAAUGACAAAAGGGACAAAAACUUAACCGAACACCUUAGUGAAGUAGUGAAAAAUUUGGUAGCAAAUGAAAUGUACACCAAAAAUUUAAGUCAAAAUCUGAGUGAGACAGUGAAUAAUUUAUAUGAUUUAAAGGUUCAGAUGCGAUACAUAAGUUUAUCACUACUGGAUGUUCAUUCUAAGACGGACAAUCUCAAUACGACAUUGAGUAGUUUUGAUGUCAGGUUAAGGGAUGUCAAUGGACGAACAACAAACAUUACCAAAAAAGUAGCCUUUACGGCUGGUGUGAGUUCAAGCAGCACCGGCUGGAACAGCGGUACACUGGUGUUUGAUAAGAUCGUCUACAACAUAGGAGGAGGGUACGACCCAACUACUGGUGUCUUCACAUCUCCUGUAGACGGAUACUUCGUUUUCUUUGUGAAUGUUCAAGCUUAUAGCAGUAACUCUGUAUACACAAAUUUAAUACUAAACGGCUCGGCUAAAGUGACAACAAUGGCAGAAGGUGGUCCGAACAAUGCAAGUCCAAAUUUGGUCGUUUUAAGACUUCAAAAAGGAGAUCGCGUUUGGGUCAAAUUUUAUACUGGAGUUGGUGGUUAUUAUAGCAUUCGUAGUGCUCCAACGACCACGUUUUCUGGAUUCCUAAUAUAUUGA